AGAGAGGCCGGUGUGCAGUCGGAAGUGCUGAUCAUGUGGCGGAUGUUUGAAUAAUCAGGAUGCGACUGAAACGCGUCUGUAUCUGUUCUAUUAAAAAUCUCUGAUCUGUAAUAAUAAUUAAUCUGUAAUAUUGAACAUUGAACUCGUCAUGCCAACGAGCAGCAGACAGAAGAAGAAGAAAGGGGGGGACGUGGCGGUGCAGGGAACCAACGACAGCAGCGUGGUGAGCAAGGUGUCGGCUGCAGCUCGGGGCUUCUUCCACGACGACCUCCUCCAGCACUUUGUGUGCAAGGAGGCCAGAAGGUCCCCGCUCAUCAACAGGGGCUACUAUGUGCGCUGGAGAGCUGUGGACCACUGCGUGAGGAGGUUUCUACACGUUACUGAAAACUGCCCUAAGAGACAGAUUCUGUCGCUGGGCGCAGGUUUCGACUCGUUGUAUUUUCGCCUGCGGGCGGAUGAGGCUCUCACCGGGGUCGUGGUGUUCGAGGUGGAUUUCCCUGAUGUGGCUCGACGUAAGACUGCUCUCAUCUCCUCUAAUAUCACACUGAGGGGGAUGUUAGACCCACAUUUACCUGCACCUACAGGAGCUGUGCACAUGUGGAGUGGUCAGUACCGUCUGUUGGGGUUGGAUGUCAGAGAGGAGUCCCGGGUGAAGGAGGCUCUGGAGGCAGCUGGGUUGGACUGGGCUGCUCCCACUCUGAUUCUGUCUGAAGUGGUUCUCACCUACAUAGAAACCCAAUGGUCGGAUGUCGUCAUCAGUUGGGCGGCUAAGCUCCUGCCUCAGUCCCUCUUUGUGAUGUAUGAGCAGAUCCGUCCUCAUGAUCCCUUUGGUUCAAUCAUGCAAGAUCAUUUCCACAAACUGAAUUCAACGCUGCACGCCCUUCGGCAGUACCCAGACGCCGCCGCUCAGAGACGCCGGUUCCUGGACAAGGGCUGGGAUCAGUGUGUGUGUCUGGAUAUGAACGACUUCUACCUGGGGCUGGUUCCUGAGGACGAGAGGCGCAGGGUGGAGGUCCUGGAGCCUUUUGAUGAAUAUGAGGAGUGGCACCAGAAAUGUUCCCACUACUUCAUCCUCACUGCCUCUCGGGGCUCUGGUACGACUCAGGCUUUACUCACACAUCCUCCAGUGUCUCCAGUGUCGUCUGUAAACCCAUCUUUGAGCCCUGUGGCCCUGAGUGUGAAGCCUGAUCCUGCUUGUGUGGAGGGUUUGGGGAUGGCCUCCACCUCGGUGAGCCCAGGACGCCUCCUGCUGACAGGAGGCUCCAGCCGGGGGGGCAGGGGGGCAGUGAGUCGAGUCCUCCUCCGAGGGCAGGAAGGGUGGAGGUCCGUCACCGUGGAGCCGUCACUAGACUUGGGCGUCCGACUGUACCACACGGUGACGUCCUGUCCCGGAGGAGCUGCGGUGGUGUACGGAGGUCGCUCCUCUCCUCUCAGUCCAGCCAGGGGCCUUUUUAAAGUAGUGCUGGACCCUGCUGGACCCCCUGCCCCUCUGGACAGAGUUAAACUCUGUGUAGAGGAGAUGCUCUGUACGGGGGAUCCACCUCCACCAAGAUGGAGGCACACUGCUGCCAUCGUCAGUCACAAAGGCAGAGACUUUCUGUUUGUUUAUGGAGGAAAGAAUGAAUCUGAGGCUGUUCUGGGUGACGCCCACUUCCUGUGUCUGGACCAGCAGCUUUGGACUGAGGUCCCAGUGGAGGGGGCGGCACCAGAGCCACACCACUCCCACUCCGCAUGCUCAUAUCAGGGAGGUGUGGUGAUGUUCGGAGGUCUGGACCGGAGGGGGGUUCCUCUGGGGGACACGGUCGUGCUCAGGCCCACUGACAGAGGCUUCUCCUGGGAGAGAAUAGAGCUGCAGCCCCCCCCGGUCCCCAGAUACUCUCAUUCUGCCCACGUGAUUGGACAGAAGCUAGUUGUGGUGGGCGGGGUCUGGAUGCAUUCCGAUGGCGUACCGGGUGUUGUCAUGAUCGACCUCGCCACACGGAGCAGCGUGGAGUUCAGCCUGGACACGAGCCGGGUGCCGUGGCCUCUGAUGCUUCACUCCUUCUGCUGCGAGCUGACGGACUCACGAGAACCACAGCUGCUCCUGAUUGGUGGAGGAGGAAACUGCUUCUCCUUCGGGACUCAUUUCAACCCCCAGCCGGUCACUGUGAACCUCAGGCCCGUCCUGGGAUGAAGCUUUUCUAGAAUCAGUUUAAAAACUCUGGACCGAGCACUCAAGUCCACUCAUUUGGUCCGAACACUUUGUGUAAAUGAGGUCGUUUGGAGCUGAAUUUGAACAUCGGGGCUAACAGACACUUUGAUGACAUCACAGUUUGAAGACGUGCUCAUCAUUUACUUCAGUUGUCUUCUAUUUGGCUGCAAACGCUGUUUACCCCUGAAACUCAAACACUUCACCCCCCCACCCCCCACCACAGUGGUUAGUAGAUAAUGAGUUUUCAGUGAACGAUCACUUUCAGGACACAUCAUGUCUAAAAGAUAUCACUCCACAGAAAUGUCUCCAGAGGUUUAGCUGGACAGGUUUUUAUUUGCGAGACCUCAGAAUGGAUACAUGAGAUUGGUGUUUUCGAUGGAGGGUAAAUCAUUCAGUGAAGCGCCUGAAGGACAGGACUGUGGGGCUGCUGGCCCCCCAGUCGCCAGGUUUGCAGUACUCUCCCUUCUCCAGGAAGUACUGGCGUCCACGGUAGUUGGGAUGCUCGUAGAAAACCCACCAGCCGUCGAAGACCUUGCAGGAGUUGACCUCCCUCCAGCGGAACUUCUCCAGGAGGGAGGGACAGUCCUCUGUGGCCUCGAAGGCCUGGCCCCCGAAGUCUGCCCUCUCAUAGAGCUGCAUCUUGUACAGGGUCCCACUGGUCUGGAGGGGG